AUGAUGAGAUUAAUUAAGGAAGACCCUGAAAAGCCUCCCCCAACUGCGAAAGAAUGCCAAACUCCGUGGGCAUCGAUCUACCUUGCCGGUGCUUGCUCAUUCGUUCAAGCGGUUCAGUUUGGCAUCUUCACCAGUUCAAUGUGGCCUUACCUGAGGAAGCUCAACCCAGAAGCUAUAGAAACUGAGUUCGGUUAUAUUUUGGGAUUAUACAGUUUUGCUCAAUGUAUAUCAGCUCCAGUAUUCGGGUACUGGAGUAAUCGAAUAGAGCAGGGUUCGGUUACCAGCUUCCUCCGUUUUACAUUCAUGAUGGCUGGAUUCGCUUUAUUUAUUCUAGAACUAGUGCCAUCAACAAGAGUUGUCUACGCAAUGAUGGCGGCUCGAGCUGUCGCUGGAUGUGGAACAGGAAACAUGUCGCUUCUCAGAGCCUACGUGUCGAUGACGUCCUCGAGGAGUGAUCGGUCCCGAGCCAUUGCAUGUGUGAGCGGUGGAAUUGCUAUUGGCACCUUAGUUGGACCAGCGUUUCAACUGCUUUUUACACCCCUUGGACCAGAUGGUGUUUAUUUGUUGCCUUUUCUUCAUGUAAGCAUCUACAAUGCCCCGGCCCUGUUCUCCAUACUGUUGAAUAUCGCGGGAUUACUGGUUAUUUCUACGGUUUUCAAGGAAGAUUAUACUGUAAUGCAUGCUGCAGCGUCUGCAAAGGGAAAUGCUGAAUUGCCUUCACCAUGCGUAAUUGCUGUUCUGGUGUGUGUCUCCACAAGAUUCGUCCAAAUAUUCGGUUCAGCAACGAUAGCAACGUAC